CAAAUAGACUUUCUACAGUUUUAAUUCAUUAAUAAUAAAAAUUCUGGGAAGCCACAAUUGCUAUUGCCUUUUAAAUCCGACAGUCAGGAGCCCUAACGCAAUCCCACCUUCCAACCUUAUUUAGUACUGCAAACAAGAGUUGAAGCCACAUUUCUUGCAACACACAUACCUUCCGGAGGAAAUUCUUUCUAGCAUAGAACAACAGAACAACAUCUUCCUUCCUUCCCAAUCACAGAAACUAUUCACUGCCUGCCUUUCGCCACCCAGUAUUCAAAGUUACCUUUAAAUUUGGUUACCUGUAUCCGGCAUCCGGCAUUCACAAAUUUCUCUCCCAUCACCCUUGAUAACAUCAUUCAAGUCAGCUGCAAUCAUGUCUUCUGGAUUACCUACAACUUUCCCCUCCAGUUCACCUACAGCCAUGUCUUCAGGUACACUCGCAACCACGCCCUCAAAUACGCCCACAGAUGUGUCAUCUAAGUCGCAUCCAGCGAUGUCCUCUAUAUCGCCUACAACAAUGCCACCUCCAGAGUGUCAGAAUGCCAUCAGAAAUGAUGGUAAAAAGAGAAAGCGCAAUCGAAAAGACGAGUCAAGCGAAGAUGUCCAGAUGGAGACGAAGCCAAAGCGAGUAACCAGAAGUUCUCAGCCGAAACCGAAAUUAGCGGAGAUUAAUAAGCUGAAGCGUGGUCAGGAGGCAGGAGUAGCACCGCGAAAUAAGCGACGACGUGACCAAGAAGUUGACACUGCUGAAGAUAUUCAACUCGCCAAAAAGCAGAAGCUCACCAUUAAAAAGCUUGAACGACAACUCAGAGAGACGAAUGAUGAGCUUAAAUUAACCCAGCUUGAUCUUACGUCCGUGAUGGAUGAGCUUGAAUCAACGAAGGCUGAUCUCAUGUCUGCCAAGGAAAAUCUCAAAAAUGAAAAUAUGGAGCUCGGAUUCGUGGAAGAACAGCUCAAGAGAGCAACAGUCCAAUUCUUCCCAAUGGAGUAUUUCUAUUCACUAAGAUGUCGAUUCGAGAAGCUGUGCAGUAGCAUUACUUCCUUUGUUCGAUACAACCUUGUUAAGGUAUUCGAAGGGGACUAACUCGACGAUCUUGACCAUUCGGGAUAAUUAUGGGCGGCGCGUGUGAAAUGUCUCAACCCUCCACUCACACUUAAGGUAGGUAUUCUAUAGAUUAAUUGCUUGAGGAGACAUGGAGGGAAUACCACGUGUAGCGUUUGAUUGCUAGAUAGAUAUAGAAUUGAAAGCGUUCCUUCUAAUGAGUUUUGCAGAAUAUUUUAUGAG